GAAAAACAUGGUGGUUCAAGACCACGCCGUCGCACGUUGCAACGAAAAUCUUUGAAUAAAAACAUCAGUUUCUUGGAACAAUCCACUUUACUCUAAGAUGAUGCCAGUUAGUAUAGCUGGCCUUGCCGUCUUAGCCGUCUUCUAUUUGAUCGUGUUAAUCAUUGGUAUCGUCGCAGCAAAAAAAUUCAAAACUGAUGGCACUGAGACAAAGGAGGAGAGGUUUAUUGUUGCUGGGCGGAAUAUUAGUACUGUGGUGGGGGUCUUUACAAUGACAGCCACAACAGUAGGAGGAGGAUUCAUUAAUGGAACAGCUGAGUCUGUAGCAACGUUUGGUCUUGCUUGGACACUUGCUCCCCCUGGUAUUUUUAUAGGAUUAGUAAUAGGAGGUGCAGUUUUCGCCAAGACUAUGAGGGAGAGGAAGUACUUAACCAUGUUGGACCCUUUCCAGGAGCGUUAUGGAGACGUUGUUGUCACCCUUCUUUAUUUGGCAGCAAUUUGCGGCGAUAUCUUCUGGUCGGCUUCAAUAUUGGCAGCCUUAGGUACCAGCCUGAGCGUGAUUACAGACAUAGACGUCACAAUAGCCAUAGUGGUUUCGGCAGCGGUGGGUGUGAUCUACACCUUAUUUGGACAAAUGGUAGCUGUGGCUUACACUGAUAUUGUUCAAUUGACUUUCAUUAUCGUAGGAUUGGUAUUGAGUGUUCCCUUUGCCAUGACUGAUGACCGAGUGCAGCCUAUCAGCGGGACAGUCGACAAGUGGGUGGGAACCCUUGAUAUCUCGCACGCAGCUGUUUGGGCAGAUCUGCUGAUUGCAAUGACACUUGGCAGUAUUCCGUGGCAGGCCUACUUUCAGCGUGUGCUGUCUAUGAAGAGUGCCCGUAAUGCUCAGCUGCUGUCCGUGUUGGGUGGUCUUGGAGCGUUUAUAUUGGCUAUCCCUCCAGUUCUCAUCGGGGUAAUUGGUGUCUCUGCAGACUGGAACAAGACUGAUCUUGGUGCAUCACCUAUUGACCUUGGACAAUCGAACAUGAUUCUACCUCACGUCAUCCAUAACCUUACUCCGAAACCAGUCGCCAUCAUAGGUUUGUGUGCCAUAGCCGCUGCUGUCAUGUCCUCCAUGGACAGCGCUGUCCUGGGGUCCAGCUCAAUGUUCACUCAUAAUAUAUACAAACCUCUAAUGAGGAAAAAGGCGACGCAGACAGAGCUUUCUUGGGUACAGCGCAUCGCAGUAUUUAGUGUGGCCGCCAUAGCAACCGUGAUGUCCCUCUUCGUUACAACAAUCUACGGCCUUUUCAUACUGGCAGCAGACUUUGUUUACGUCAUUCUCUUCCCUCAGUUAGUGUGUGUGCUCUUUGUUCCACGGACGAACACAAUCGGGGCUGUGGCCGGAUAUCUCUUGGCAGUCAUAUUACGCAUCGGGGCUGGUGAGCCGUUCAUCGCAUUGCCUGCUCUGAUAAAGUAUCCAUUCUACAACGAUGCGGAUCAACAGCUUUUUCCGUUCCGGACAUUCGCCAUGGUGCUCUCGCUUCUUACAAUCGUCUUCGUGUCCCAUAUCAUAAACUUUCUGUCCAAGUGGCAGUUUUGGCAAAGUCUAACAUUGCCUUGCCUCAAGAAACAAUCUCAGGACGUGCAGUUACAGGGUCAUAUCGAACGGUCGAGUUUUACUUACGAGCCAGCUCAGGAAUAUUGUAGCGGCCAAUUCGUCACUGCCGAAGUGAACAGUUCAUUGGAGGAUUCUGUCCUGGAAGCAUCGUCUCAACUUAAGCUCAUAAACAAUUGUACUAGCCAUGAACAAUCUGAGAUCUCUUUAUGAUGGAACAACAAUCAUUUUGCAUUUAAAGUUUCUCUUACGUCAUGAUAGAAAGUGGCUUGAAAUUAUUCGCCUAAACUGAUCAAAAGAAACACUUUUGCGAUUCAUAUUUUCACAAAUCUCUGUUCGUUGGAAACUUUUUACGGAAGUUAAAUGCCUGCAAAAAUUUGACAGUACAUUACACAGAUGCAACUGUAUGUGUGUAAUUAUAGUUUGAGGUUGGUUCAAGAUGUUCAGAAAUCUUGAAAAUCGUUCCAUUUUCACAAUUGCUCUUGGAUUUUCAUGAAACCUAACCUCAAAUUGAUUGUCCCUGCGUUUUAUCCCUUCAAAAGUUCAUUCCGACCACAACCGCUUAGGAAUUUAAGAUUAAGAAACCUCUUAUCUUACGUUUCUUCUGAAAAAUAAGAACAGAAAGGUACAUCAAAAUUAAUGAAUUUGUCAAUUCAUAUUUCCCUGAUCACAUCCAACGUAUAUGCGUAUACAUAUAUAUAUAUGGAAGAGGAUAUGUACACAGCAUGCUGUGUAUGCAACAGACAGUAGUUUUAUGUUCUCAGCGUUUUAUAUUAAUAUUCAUUAGGCUCAUUAUGAAGCCCCGCCUCUAAUUUUAUGCUACCUGCUGUGACUCCUAGCAACAUUUUCUCUUGAAUACACAACAUGCUGUGUAUACAGGCAUGCGCAUUGUCUAGAGUACACAGCAGGCUUCAUAUGCCACACAUGCCAUCCAAAAACCGGGGCUCCAUACACCUUAGAUUUACUUGGGGGUCAAAGCCAUUUUUUUCUCCAGUUGACGUCAUUGAUGACGCGGUUAUGUUAAUUCGCCUCUGCUGUGCAUGCAACCAAAUUGUUCCUGCGUAUUAAUAUUCAUUAGGCUCAUUAUAAAGCCCCGCCUCCGAUUUUAUACUUCAAGUGUGGAAUUUUCCCAUCAUUUUUAGCUCACCUCUUAGCAGAGGUGAGCUUAUCCCAUACCGUGGCGUCCGUCGUCGUCGUCGUCGUCGUCGUCGUCGUCGUCGUCGUCGUCGUCGUCGUCGUCGUCCGUCGUCGUCCGUCGUCCGUUAGCAGGGCACGUUUCGUAACUGUUAGAGCUAUUGAGUUGAAACUUGGUACACAUGUACCCUUAUGUAAUGACACCUUGGAGACCAAGUUUCGGUCCGAUUCGUUUCAUGGUUUGGCCACCAGGGGGCCAAACGUUAAAAGUGAAAAUAUGCAAUAUCUCCCUUAAUAGUAGUCGGGAAAUUUUGAAAAAAAUAUGGUAGGUACUUCUAGCAAAGGUGCAUCAUAUAGCCUCCGGGUUUUUGAUUUGACCUCCUUUUCAAGGUCACAGAGGUCAAAUGGUGUAAAUUGGCCGUUAGGAUGUAACGAUGGCACGUUUCUAAACUGCAAUGGCUAUUGAUACCAAAUUUGGUACACAUUUACCCCUUAGUCAGGUGAUCUUAGGGACCGAAGUUUGGUCCAAUAUGAUUCACCACUUGACCACCAGGGGGCAAAAUCCAAAAACCUUAAAAAUGUGAUUAUUCCUUAACUUCUUGCCCGAUUGCCACCAAUUUGAUAUCAUGGUUACAUCUAACCACCAUACAGUAUAUGUCACACAGGUUUUUAAUUUGACCUUCGUGUCAAGGUCACAGAGGUCAAAUGGCGUAAAUUCGCCGUCAGGCCGUGACUAUGGCACGUUUCUUAACUGCAAUGACUAUUGAUCACAAAUUAAGUACACAUGUACCCCUUGGUCAGGUGAUCUCAGGUACCGAAGUUUGGUGCGAUCUGAUUUGCCGUUUGGCCUCCAGGGAGGGGGCCAAAUCCUAAAUUCUUCAAAAUGCCAUUAUUCCUAGUAAUGACUUGCCCAAUUGGCACCAAUUUUAUAUCAUAGGUACAUCUAAUUCUAACAACCAUUCAAUGUGUCACCCGGGUCUUCUUUGAUUUGACCUACUUUUCAAGGUCACAGAGGUCGAAUGUAUUGUAAAUUGGCCAUUUUGGGGAAAUUGUAAUUGCUUGGACCUACAUCAAACCUAACACUACAUGACACAAUACCAUGCUCUUUAUCCAUCUUUCCUCCACAUGAGGUGAGCACAAUGGCCCUGGCCAUUUCAUUUAAGACUCUUUCUUGUUUGUCGAUAGUUCUACAUGUAGAGUGCCGUAUUACAAAGGCAACGUUGUGUUGCUCCUGAUACCGAAAGAGAGCUGUUAGGAAGGCGGGAAAGGAUGAGAAUUUGGCCCCAAUUUGAAGGGAAGUGGGAGUUCUUCCACGGUAGAGGCUAAUUCCCCAAAGUGCCAGGGACCUUCAUUGAUAUUCAUGAAUUAAUCAUAGAUCAUGUGAUUCUACGUCACUGGCGGGAAUUUCAAUGUGGCUGACACUUCCAGUUCGACAGCUCCUAAGGACAGCGACAAAGGCGUUAGAGCGUGUGACAGAUGUGAUUCUCUGUAUCAUCAAUAUUGUGCAAAUAUUCCAAUCCAAGCAAUGAUUAAUGGAUUCUUCUGGAUCUGUCUAUCUGUUGAAUCCUACAUGCAUAUGCAAGUAUCAACGUGUAUCUUCACACUCCCCAUGAUUGGUUGGUGGGUGACUCUGACAAUCGUUCCAAUACUUGUGGUGAUAGUAUUUCGAAAUAUCUUGUGUAUUGGUUACUUUGUACAAUGUUGUAUGGUUUUCAGGUGUCGCAGCUCUGACGAACUGUUUUGGCAUUUUAGUGAUGAGGUAUGGAUUUCGGACCCUUUAAAGUGUGGAAAUUCUAUGCAGGAAGCAAGAAUUGAUAGUCAUGUAGAAUUUGCAUUGCUGGUCAAUUUCACCAACACCCUUGCCUGCUUUCUGUUGAUGCCGUUGCAAAUGCUUGCCACAUUCAUUUGGCACUGAUGAAACAGAAGAAACAAACUUAUGUUGAUUUAAAUAAAUAUUU